UAAUAUAAGUGACAAUCUACUACAAAUACGAGAAACGGAAAGUCGAAGUUCUACGCGUACGAACACAGAGAAGAGAGAGGGAGGAGUCGGAAACCAGAGAAGCCGUAGCAAAAGACGACGACGAUGCCAAAUAUAGUUCUCAACGAUUCCGAGAAUAGGUUCCAAAUAGAGGACAAUGAGGAUUUCUAUGUGGAAUUCGAGGUCAACGGAGACCCGCCAAAGAUGAAUAUAAUCGAUACAGUUGCCUCGCGCAGGUUUCGUGACGCUCUCUUGUGCCACGCCUUCGACUACGCCGAUGAAAAACAUUGGGACGUCGAGACCACCUGUGAUGUCGCCGCUGAUUAUGUGACCAGAAACCCUUCACGGGGUCAGCCCAUACCCGAGCCGCCUCCUGCCCCUGCUGGUCCUACUGGUUCUCCUGUAUGGCAGAAUUUGCAGCAGCUUUUCUAUGUCAACCGGAGUUUUUUUAUGCUUGUUCUCCUUUUCGUCGGGUUGUUGGACAGAGAUCUGUUUUUACUUCUGUCUGUGGUCUUUCUUUUUAUUAUACUUUCUUAUUAAAAGAGGAGAGAAAAUCGAAAGAGGCAAGCAGAAGUUGAUCUCCUUCGCGAAGUUGAUUCGAGACUUGUUCUUCUUUGGAGGUGUGGAUCUGGAUUGAAGUCGUGCGGAAUCAUCAUCAGAGAGCCUCCAAAACUUUAUCUUUCAAGAGUUUGCAAAUUUCAGUGCUUGUUGGUUGCUUUUGUUUGAGCUCGCCUGGUUCCUUGUUGGUCCUGUUCUGUUUGUUUGAGCAUGUUUGUAUUUUGUUUUCAACUUUUCAUCAGUCUGUAAUAUGUAACAUAGUUGGGUUUGUUUUUUUUUUCUUUUCUUGAAAUAAAGGGAUGAUGUGGCUAUGUUCAAGUUUUAGUUAC